AUGGCAGAAACAUUCUUGUUCAACAUCGCUGAGAGUGCUCUUUCCAAACUUUCAUCCCUUGCUGCUGAGCAGAUCAGUCUGGUUUGGAACAUCAGAUCUGAGGUGAGGAGGCUCCACAACACUCUCUCCACCAUCAAAGCGGUGAUCUUGGAUGCUGAAGAGCAACAGUUGAAGAAUCACGAGGUGCGGGACUGGCUCCAGAAGCUCAAGGAUGCUGUCUGCAACAUCGAUGAUUUGCUGGAUGACCUCACCAUACGAUCUCCUCUGCAGAGAGACAUAGAGAUCUUGAACAAGGUAACAGGAUUCUUUCCUGACUUGAAUUCUGUUGUAUUUAGAUUCAAGAUCGGUCAUAGAAUAAGAGGCCUGAGGCAAAAACUAGAUGAGAUUGCAGCUGAUAGGAGCAAGUUUCAUUUCACUGAGAAAACUCAUACUGUGAUAUUCAUGGAUAACAAUGUGAGAGAGCAAACCCACUCUUAUGUAAGAGCUUCAGACAUCAUUGGUAGGGAACGUGAUAAAGAAAGCACCGUACAGAUGCUCCUGAGCUCAAACAACAAUAAUGAUGAUGAUCAUCUUGAUGUUAUUCCUAUAGUUGGGAUCGGAGGUCUUGGAAAAACUACUGUUGUCAAGUUGGCAUAUAAUGAUGAACGAGUGAUUCAAAGGUUCGGUCUUCGAAUGUGGGUUUCUUCUUUCUCUGAACAUUUCACUCUAGGCAAAACUGUUGAGAAAAUCCUGAAAUCUGCCACUGGUGAGAGCUUCGGGCAUCUUGAUACGGACCAGAUGCAGCGUCGUCUGGCUGGUGUGUUGAAUGGCACGAGAUAUUUGCUCGUGUUGGAUGAUGUGUGGAACGUGGACCGGAUCAAGUGGAUGGAUUUGAGGGAGCUGCUGAUGAACUGCAGCUCAGGGAGUAAGAUCAUUGUCACGACUCGAAGCAAGGCUGUAGCCGUGGUUACGAGCACUAGAGAUGCUUAUGAUCUGACUGGCCUCUCGGAUGGUGACUGCCUGUCUUUGUUUCUAAAAUGUGCUUUUAGAGAAGGUGGUGAUCAGCCUCCCAAUCUCGUGGCAAUCGGGAGGGAGAUCGUGGGGAAGUGUGGAGGAGUUCCACUUGCUGUCAAGACGUUGGGGAGCUUGCUUUAUAUGAAUAGAGACGAGCACGAAUGGGUACGUAUCAGGAACAAUGAUAUAUGGGAGAUUGAUCAGCAGCAAAGUGACAUUCUGCCUAUUCUUAGGCUCAGUUAUGAGCAGUUGCCUUCCCAUUUGAGGCAGUGUUUCGCUUAUUGCUCCAUGUUGCCUAAGGGUGUUGAGAUUCCCAGAGAGACGUUCAUCAACCUUUGGAUCGCUCAAGGCUUUGUGCACUCAGACAACGCGGAUAGGCAGGUUGAGGAUGUUGGGAAUCACUACUUCAAUGAGUUGCUGUCAAGAUUUUGCUUUCAAGAAGUGGCGGAUGCAUUUGAUGGGGAGAUCAUAGCUUGUAAGAUCCACAACCUCGUCCACGAUCUUGCACAGUCCGUAGCUGGGGUCGAGUAUGGCAAGAAAGCCGUUUCUGAUAGGGUUCGUCAUAUUUUUCUCCAAGAUGAAGAUCAUCUGCCAGGAAAAGAAGAGUCUAAAGCAUUGCUCGGAUUGAGAAAUGUGAGGUCUUUUAGGUGUGCGUUCAAGGUUAGGUCUCCGGAUAAGGCCUUUAUCCGUGCCAUUGCAACGAGCUUCAAACUCCUACGCGUCUUGAUCUUGAUCUCACUGCAGCUCGAGGAGCUGCCAAGCUGUAUAGGCAACUUGAAGAGACUAAGGUAUCUCGACCUCAGCCAGAGCAGCAAUCUCACAUCUCUUCCAUCGUCAUUCUGCAAGCUGGUGAAUCUGCAGACGCUGAACCUCAUCAACUGCGAAAGCCUUCGAGAUCUGCCCAAAUAUCUCUUGCAUUUGAUCAACAUCAAAACUCUGUACCUAAGUUGCCAGAAGCUGUCUUUGGGAAAGAAAAGGUACCACAGCUUCAGCUCUCUAAAGUUCUCACUGCUCUACAACUGUGACUUUGUGCAGUUACCAUCAGGGCUUGAAAACCUCACUUGUAUCCGUGUACUACGUAUAUAUGACUGCCCGAGAUUAGCUACUCUUCCAGAUAGCAUCAAGCAUCUGGUUUCUCUAGAGAAGCUGUGGGUCUGGAACUGUGAAGAGCUCGAUUUUGGUGAAGGAGCCGGCGUUCAAGGGCUGACCCGCCUUGUGUCGUUGCUCUUGAUGGGGCUGCCCAAGUUGGCCAGUCUUCCAAUGGGGCUUACAAAGAAUGUCGGUAGAACACUCAAAUUUCUACGAAUCGCAAACUGCGUUGGUUUUACCGAACUGCCCUGA